AUGGCAAGCACAUCAACAACACCCCGGACUCCGGUUCGGACUGACCCUUCCGCUGUCGCCGCAGAGACAAAGGAUCAACGCAGAGCGUCAUCUUUAAGCUUCCUUCGUCGCUCCAAAUCAAUUGAACUCUUGGGUGAGAGGAGACCGUCUGCAAGCAAAGGUGGCAAGAAUAUACCGACGGAAGCGGAUUCUCAACCUCAGCGCGCAUCAAUGCUAUACCACCAACCUCCCCGUCUUCCAAGCUUGUCUCCGGCUCCAAUCCUGGACACUUUUGGCGGCGAGUCACCACGAGACACCACUGCAGCGCCUCCCACCCAGUCUCCUGUGGCCCGUCCGCAAAGUGUGUCCCGCAGUACGAUGAGUACGCCAGUGAAGCCAGAGAGCAGCGAUCCAUACGCGCGCGCCGAAAGCAUGGCAAACCGUGGACGUUAUAGCUAUGUAAGCAGCGCUGCAAGUUCUGUCAACAACCCGCGUCGUCUACGUCGUCGCAAAGACCCUACUCCGUACAAUGUUCUUGUUGUGGGCGCAAGUAAUUCGGGCAAGACGUCGUUCCUCAAAUUUCUCAGAAAGUCCCUGGAGCUGCCUCCUAGCAAGCAUUUAAAUCGUCAGCCGAGUGACCUGGAAGAUCAAGAGAGUCUGUCUACAACAGGUGAAGGCUAUACGUCCUCCUAUCUUGAGACUGAAAUCGACGGUGAGCGCGUAGGCCUUACUUUCUGGGACUCGCCGGGCUUGGAGAAGAAUGUUGUUGAUAUCCAACUACGUGGUGUAACAGGCUUCUUGGAGAGCAAAUUCGAGGAAACCCUGAGGGAGGAAACGAAGGUCAUUCGCUCGCCCAACGCCCGAGACACGCACAUACACUGCACUUUCUUGAUUCUCGAUCCCGUACGCUUGGGUCAGAACAUCGCGGCCGCCGAAAGAGCAGCGCAAGGGACUCCAAGAUCAACCGACUCAACCAUAAUCGGCAUCCUAGAUGAAAGAUUGGAUGUGCAAGUCCUACGAACCAUGGUGGGAAAGACCACUGUCGUCCCAGUCAUCAGCAAAGCCGACACAAUUACUGCAGCGCACAUGGCAUUUUUGAGGAAGGCAGUCUGGGAAAGUCUCAAAAAGGUCAACAUAGACCCCUUGGAAAUCUUGACUCUGGAAGAUCAGGAAGAAUAUACUUCUUCAGAAAGCGGCGACGAGGAAGAGCCUGGCGAUGAUGAGGGAAUCUCUAGGUCUUCCGCCCCAUCCGAACCCAACCAGAACGCUCCCGAGUCCCAAGCCGUUCCUCAGCUGCUUCCCUUUACCACUUUGUCUCCCGAUCCAUACUCGCUGAAGUCUGCAGAUGAGCCCAUUGGCCGCAAGUUUCCGUGGGGAUUUGCCGACCCAUACAAUCCAGAGCACUGCGAUUUCCUCAAAUUGAAGGAGGCUGUCUUCAAUGACUGGCGGGUCGAGCUUCGGGAUGCGAGUCGUGUGGUUUGGUAUGAAAGAUGGAGAACCAGCCGGCUCAACCGUCAUGUCGCCACGUCUCCUGCUCCUUCCAAAGACCUUGCGCAGAAUAAGGUAUACGGCGGGAAGACUGGGCCCGAUCUCCGUCGGUUUGAGUGA